GCAGUGCCGCGUUCGGCUUCCUGCUCAUUUAAAUAAUCCGGGAUGCCUAUGUGUUAAUUAAUGCCGCUUGUUUUUCGCCCGCCUGCCCCGGGAGAUAAGCGUGUUUGUCGACAGAGCAACUUUCUCCGUGUGACGUGUCGCUCGGUGGAAGGAAACACACCGCGCGAUGAUGCUUUUUUAAAACUUUGUACUCGAGUCACUUUCGCCUCACGCUGUCAGUGAACUUGACGCUGCGCGAGCUUUGUGUUUUUCCCCGCGGCGAGUUCAGCAAAAAACAUGGAGUCAACUUUCAACAGGUUUGGAGUAAAGUGAGAGCUGGGUCCGCUCGCUGACUGACCUCAUAACCACUGCCACUGUUAUUUCCCUCUUUUUUUUUUUUUUUUUUUGUGUGUGGUGAUGGGCUCGGUGACUUCUGCUCUGACAAGGACGAGGAACGCGCUGGUUAAAGUGGGCUCAGAGCCGGAGAGCCACCAGGACGCGGAGAGGAGCCAGUCCGCUCCGGAGUCGGACCGAGGCAGGAAGAAAAGUGCUCGGUUCAACGUCUCCAUCCAGACCGGCAGGCAGAGUUCUCGACAGUCGCUGUCCGAGGUCCUGAACCGACAAGACUCCGACGGAGGCAAGCGAACCCCGAAGCAGAGGACUGGUGACUCUACACUGAGCGUGGCAAAUGAAGAUGGAGAGAGCUCCACCAGACCUCAGGCCAGUUUUUCACGCUCUAAAUCCCAGAGUGCCUUGUGGAAUGCCAUCACUGCCGGGAUGGGGAUCAAAGGCAAAGAGCAGAAGCCACCCCUGAACGACCCGCGAAGUCCCGAGGAGAUUCUGGCCGACGAGCUUCCUGCAGCAGAUGAACCAGAAGCCACAGAGAAAACGGCCAUCAGAUUAAGAUGUCUGGUGAAGCAGUUGGAGAGAGGAGAGGCCUCACUCGCUGACCUCAAGAAAAACCUUGAGUAUGCGGCGUCGGUGCUGGAAUCCGUCUACGUCGAGGAGACAAGACGUUUGCUCGACACAGAGGAUGAGCUCAGCGACAUCCAGUCCGAGUCGGUGCCUUCAGAGGUGCGGGACUGGCUGGCCUCCACCUUCACGCGCCAGAUGGGCCUGAUGCUGCGGCGCACUGAAGAAAAACCUCGCUUCCGCAGCAUCGUCCAUGCCGUUCAGGCUGGUAUAUUUGUUGAGAGGAUGUACCGACGCACCUCCAAUAUGGUGGGACUCAGCUACCCCCCUACUGUCAUAUCCGUGCUUAAGAAUGUUGACAAGUGGUCGUUUGAUGUGUUCGCUCUAAACGAGGCCAGCGGGGAACAUGCACUUAAAUUCAUAUUCUACGAAUUACUCACAAGAUAUGACCUCAUUAACCGCUUCAAGAUUCCCAUCUCUGCAGUGGUGUCAUUCGUUGAGGCCCUGGAAGUUGGUUACAGCAAACAUAAAAACCCCUACCACAACCUGAUGCAUGCUGCUGAUGUCACGCAGACUGUACAUUUUUUGCUUCUUAAGACUGGCAUGGUGCAUUGGUUGACUGAGCUGGAGAUCUUUGCCAUGAUCUUUGCGGCGGCAGUGCACGACUACGAGCACACGGGGACAACAAACAACUUCCACAUUCAGACAAGGUCAGACACAGCGAUCCUGUAUAAUGACCGCUCAGUGUUGGAGAGUCACCAUGUCAGCGCAGCCUACCGCCUACUGCAGGACGACGACGAGAUGAACAUCCUCUACAACCUGUCCAAGGAUGACUGGAGGGAGCUGCGAGCUCUGGUGGUGGAGAUGGUGCUGGCGACGGAUAUGUCCUGCCAUUUCCAGCAGGUUAAAGCCAUGAAGAACUUUCUGCAACAACCUGAGGGCAUUGACAAGCCCAAAGCACUGUCCCUGCUGCUUCACACAGCCGACAUCAGCCAUCCGGCCAAGAGCUGGGACCUCCACCAUCGCUGGACCACUUCAUUACUCGAGGAGUUCUUCAGACAGGGGGACAAAGAAGCAGAGCUCGGGCUGCCGUUCUCACCACUCUGUGACAGAAAAUCAACACUGGUGGCGCAGUCUCAAAUCGGUUUCAUAGACUUCAUCGUGGUUCCCACCUUCACCGUGCUGACAGACAUGAUGGAGCGGAUUGUCACGCCGCUCAUCGACGAGGCUCACCAUUCUGGUUUUGCUGGCUUCCGACGCUCCAGUCUGAACAGUAUUAGCUCAGAUGAAGCCAAGAGGCACAGUGGGAAGAGCUCCGAAAGCAGCUCGUCAGGCCAGAGCUCUCUGCUGUCGGUGGACAUGAAGAACUUUAAGUCCCUGUGGAACGACGAGGUCUACCAGAACAGAGAAAGGUGGAAAACUCAGGCUGCUAAAGAGGCCGAGGAAAGAGCCAAAAAGGAAGCGGAAGAGCAAGUCAAGCAGGACGACACCGUGGAGCCCCAGGAGGUCCAUGCAGAAUCCCAACAGCCAGAACCAAAGGAAGACAAACUGGAGGGGGAAUCUCUGGAGUCGGCAGAGGUCAGCAGACCAGCAGAUGCUAACACAGAGGAAACAGAGGAGGGAGAACAACCUGGGAGCACAACACACAACAAUCCUCCUCCUCUGCAUAACGGUGAGUUGUCAGAGGGGGCUGAAUCUCCAGAGGAUGAAGAAAACAAGAACAAAUGUGUCGAUGCAGAGGUGGAGAUGGAGUAAGGGUGGAUUAUCGCCACAACACCGGCAUGCUGAACAUGUCUGUAAAAUGUAGAUUGGGAGAAGCUCACUCACAGUUAACAUCAGAGUGGAAGGCCAUCACUUGGACUGUGUCGCCCUCUACAGGACACCAAGAAACUCACACCAUCACUUCCAUUUUUUUUUUUUAUGUCAUUGAGAGCAACCGUUUUUACUUUUCCUGCAUUUAUACUCCAGUGCUCUUGUGUACAGAGUGAACGGCUCUACCCACGUGCAUUACUCCCCGGCCCUGCUUAAUGAUCAAUAUGAGACGUAGGAUUUAAUGACCUGAAUAUGAUAGACGGAGUUGAGAGGAGCCGUUGAGAGACUGAUGUAACCCUUGUUGUUGUUUGUUUGUCAAUCAUUUUGCUUAACACAACCAGACAUGUAGCCAUUGCGCCAAGUCUCACUUUAUUUUUCCCCUCGUUCCUGCAUUCAUUUGUCAGAUUUUAGCAUCACAAAGAAAAAGCUACUUUAAAGUUUAUUUCUAAACAUGUAAUAAUCUAUUUUUAGUCCUUUAAAGUUAAUAUAAAAGUGCUUAUUUGCUGAGGGAAUGUGUCUCGCAUAUUUGAGACUACUGCACCAGCUGUUGCAAAUGUUUCCCCUCUCUAAUGUUUACUUUCUCAGUGCUUGUGAUUUUAAUGCAUUUCUGUUCCUCGCAGCCAAGUUUAUAUUGUCAUUUUGUGUUUUUGUUUCGCCUCCACUGUACAUAGUUAAAAGUUUGUAAAUCUAUCGUUCAGAGAAGGAGUAGAAAUGCUAUGAUUCCACAAUCCAAAUAUUAUUUUUUUUAUAUCGUGUAAGAUAAAAUAGUGGAAAUUGUCCAAAAACUAGAAUGCAAUGCUUGCAUAUAUCAGACAUAUCACACUCUUAAAUGCAUUGAAGGUUUCUUAAUCUAUACAAUCUGUUUUGUUUACCUUUAUUUUCUUUUGUAACACUUGUUUUGCAUUCGUCCCAUAUAUGAAUCAUGCACUCGACGUGUCCACUUAUGCUCACACGUAUGUCAUUUCUUUGUCAAAGGACUUCUUCUUCUCGAUGCCUUCUUAUGUGUGUUGUAGCAAAUACGUCAGCACUGUCGCUGCAUUAGAGAAAAAUCUGAUAUACUGUAUGUUGUUUCAUUUCUGCCGUACAGUUACGUUAGAGCGGGUUCCCGGCCCGCUGUCGGUGUGAUGUUUAAUCGAUGUGUUUACAGUGUGCUCGUACACCUAUUAGCCAGCUGAAUCCAUCGUGCUUAUGUGACGCAUCCAAGUCCAAACUGUAUCUGCUUCUUGGUUGUGUGCCAGGUUUUUAAGGCUUGUAAUGUUGUGUAUAGAAGAUGCAAAUAUUGCCUACUGUGCAUAUGUAAUAUAUUGACCCCUGCAAUGCUAGUUUGGCUUUUACUGUGUACUUACUAUGUGUAGGAGGAAGACAGGAAAAACAAGGAUUUUUGGCAGUAUUUGCAUAAUUAUUAUUAUAGGUAUGCUUUCUCUGAAAAUUGUGCACUUUUAUUUUGUAGAAAUUCCCCUACAUUUAUCGUGCCAAGAUCUUGUUCUUGGCAUAUUAUUUUAAAGUAUACAACACAUGUGUAUACAGUACCUAUUCUAAUAUGUAUAGUAUAUAUACAUAUAUAUAUCUAUAUCUAUAUAUAGGGGUUCGAAAUUGGCGAUCACCUAAAUCUGUAUGUAAAGUUGUAGGAUGUAUGAACAAUUUUUUUUUUUACCACUUUGUUUUUAACACACAUUCCCCAUUUUUUAUAUUCUCAACAGGAACUCUAGAAUCACGCUGGGACUGAGCGUAGUUUGUCAUACACAGAAUGCUACUUUCUACCUAAAACAAAAUGCAGUCGGUGGUUAGCAAGCCAGCUGACUGAAUGUGUGCCUCAACAUUUUCCUUUCCAUUUCCACACCGUUCACCUGUAGGGAAAGAUGAUGUCAUUUGUGUCUGUGCCGAUCCAGGCGCGGUUCAAAUCUUUCAUUGUUUCACACUGAAGGAGUCUUGUGGAAAGACUCGUUUUAGACACUGUCGGGAAAACCUGUUAAGUCAGCGGUUAGUGUUUAUAACGGUAUAUUUUUGCUCUCUUUUUCAUUUAUAAAAGGUCAAUUUUUAGGUGGUCGUUGUGCUCUAUAGUGUAUGUUUUCCCUUUUUACUGGACAGUUUUCACCCCCUUUUUUUGUCUUCCGCAUGUAGUGUUUAACUUCUUUUUUCUAUAUUUUUGUCUCUCCUUUGUGUAUCUGUUCACUGUGUUUUAAUCCACCAGCUCAGACAAAAUAGUUCAAAAUUAAAAACAAUGUAACAGUCAAAGCCAAUUAAACUAAUAAUUAGAAGGAGAAAAACUAAACCUAUCCUCACAUCCUCACAAACGCCUGCCUGACACUUGGUAUAAGGCAGCGUUUUCUGCACCGAGGGACCAACACGUGUACAGUCUUGUAGUUUGCUCUUUCACCUGCUACUGUGAUAGCCAACUGUAUGGAUAUUUAACAGGAAUUUAUACAGACCAUAAACACAGACAUAGCUGUAUUUAGGACAUGUAAAGACUUGGUUUUAAACGUGGUGUUUUUGUAACAGUUUCUCUGGAACAGAUUGUCGUUUGUUUGUUGCUUUUUUUCCCCCCUCGUUUAGUCUGAAGUACUCUGUAAUGACUGAUCUGAAACUGUUCUACUCACUGAGGUUAGAUGGAUGUAAAGUGUGUGCGUGUGCGUGUGUACGCAUGAGAGAGAGAGAGAAAGAGAGAGAGAGAGAGAAUAGGAGUAACUGCUGAAAAAUACACUAUGUGCAUUUCUGAUCUCCUCACUGUGACCUGCUAUGUUGAUGAGAGUAUGAUAUGAUGAGAUGAGUGUUGGUGUGUGGGUGUGUGUGCAUGUGGGUGUGUGCGUGUGAGAGAGAGAGAGAGAGUGAUGACUAUGGACUGCUGGAUAAACAAUUCUCACCACAAUUCUCAACACAAUUUGGGAAAAAAAAACAUAUCAUGAACAUUUUUGCUCCACUUAAAACAUGCAAAUUACAAACUGUAUGAAAAUUAAAAAAAAUAAAUAAAUAAAAAAAACACUUGAGUGGACAAACAGAAGUAACAGUAGUUAAACCAACGUAAAGUUUAUCCUCCUCUCCAUCCUCGAUGAUGCAGAGUGAAUACGUGUGAAUGGGCGAGAGAGAGAGUGUGUGUGUGUGUGUGUGUGUCACUGUCCCAUGCCGGCCAGGCGGCCAUGUGUGCCACCAUGCUCUGUGACUGCACAGUUGUAUCAAUAAAUCUGGACUCAAAGGGCUCA